CCACAUUCAAUAAAGUAUGUCAAGCCACAGGUUCAUUGAUGAAAACGACCGCAACGCCUCUAAUCAACGGUACCACAAUUGUAACUAGCCGACAACUUUCCUGGGAGGAGAAGAGAGCACGAGGACCAUUGGUGCGUCGUUAUGGCUAUAAAGAUCAUCUUUUGCAAGGAGGUCUCUUGCCACACUUGGAUAAUGGUCAGAAAUUGCCAAUGCCUGUGUAUCGUCCCAAAAAUCCCUGGACCACAAAACGUGCCCUAUUCGGACAGAACGAUUACAUCGAUAUACUAGGCAAUGAUCGCCUACAUCCCACAAAGGUUUUGUAUUCUGUACCAUCCUGGUUACGUGGUGUGUCGGGCAAUGAAUAUCAAGUGUUGUUGCGAAAACGGAAGAUACUAUCGAAGACAGUUGCCCCCGUGGCACGUCCCACUAAGUGGCGUCAAAUGGAAAAACGUAUCUUGUAUUUGUAUAAAUUCCUCAAUCGUAAAACGAAAACGGGAUUCUCCAAACAAUAAAUGAAA